GCAGAAUAUAAAUCAAUCAUUUCAGAUUUUUUUUUCCAGAAAGUCUGGAAGUUGAAUUUUCAAAUACCCCAUUUAAGAGGUUUUCUAAAAAUAUUCACAUAAUUUCUGGGCCGAGUGAAGAGGUGUAGGUAUAACGUGACAAAUGGUUUCACCUGUGCAAAACACCUUUCAUUGGUUUGUACCGAAGAUUAAAUCGUAGCAGUCAUUGGAAUUCAUUGAAAGUCAUGCAACGUUUGGCUAUUUUCAUUUUCCCAACAACUUUUCCCAUGUAGCAAUUUCAAUCACACUCGAACCCAAAAACACUUUGAGAAGGGUUUCAGAUUUAACAAGGCCUGUCAUACAUUAAAUUGGCUAUUUACACUAAUACCUUUUGUGCAUUAAUACUUGUAUGCUUUUGUAUUGUUGCGAGUUCUGAAACUAACUUUUCCUGUCUUAUUCCUGAGAUUUCCUUUGAGUACUUCGAACUCUAAGCUUGACAUAAAACGUCUUUACUUCUACCAAUCUCUCGACUGUAGGUUGUAUUUGUUUUUAAACAGAAGCGCCCGUGUUUUGAGAUAGUAUCCUCUCUUUUCUUCUGUUUAUCUCAUUAUACAAAAUGUCUCACAAAACUUACUAUAAUUGAAAACAUCAAUUUAAGCGUCAAAAUGAGCCAAAACUUAGCUAUGACUUGUUUUUAACAGAAUAAUCAUUGAUUGCAAUUUACGACGUGUUUAAACAACCAAAGACAUUUUUACGUUUACUUGAAACUAAAAUCAUUCACUGCCGGUCUAGAUUUGCUUUUUAAGACCCUCAGAUUUAUUUAAUAUUCGACUAACCUGCACUCUUUUAUUACCUUUCCGCUUCCCAUAAUCUCACUUGUACAUUAAAAACAUGAAAAUUAUGAAGUCGACCAAAAUUCACACUUUUCCCAAAAACUGCAGUUUAAUUCUUAUUUUUUCCACUUUUUUAUUCACUUUACCUCAAAAUAUUCGAGGUAAAAUUGUGAUCGAUCACUCAACUUGGGAAAAAGACAGCGAUUUUAUUUUACUUGACAAUGGCGAAACUAUAAAGCUAAAACACGACCCCUGCAAAGCUUCAAGCUAUAUCGGCGACAUACCUCUCACAGAUAACGAGUUUGACCUCUUUUUCGAGCGAACUUUGACCCCUCAGAAUGUCACAAUGGAUAAAAGUCCCUUUCACAUGCAAGACGGAAGUCCGAACACCAGGACACAUUUUAAUCACACGUCAAGUCUGUCUAGUUUUAAUCAAACUUCUAACGUCAAUGUGACCAAAAAUUCUGACGCGAGGCUGCGACAAAAUAAUUCCCGAAGCUCUUUAAUCCGAAAUCCGCUGACCGAGAAGGUAAUUUAUUCCGAAUCAAAUGACGUGCUGCCGAGCGUAAGCUCCGAAUACAUUGGAGACGAUCCAAAUAUCGAAGAGUUACAAAAUGACGAUGUGUUACGUAAUGACGAGGAGCCGACUCUAAGUCGUUCACGCCGAGCUGCCACCUCGUUGAAGGAACGACUUUGGCCGAAUGGAAUUAUCCCUUAUGUAAUCGAAGGAAAUUUCACAGGCGAACAGCGUGCUAUGUUUAAGCAAGCGAUGCGUCAUUGGGAAAAUCAUACGUGUAUUACAUUCGUAAAACGAACCUCGGAACCCGAUUAUAUCGUGUUCACGCAUCGUUCGUGUGGGUGCUGCUCGUACGUCGGCAGAAAAGGCGACGGGUCCCAAGCCGUGUCAGUCGGUAAAAACUGCGACAAGUUUGGAGUUGUUGUUCACGAGUUAGGUCACGUUGUCGGUUUCUGGCACGAACAUACUCGACCAGAUCGGGAUCUCUACAUAACGGUCAAAUAUGAAAACAUCAUGGAAGGUCAACAAUAUAAUUUCGAGAAGCUCAAAAAAGAUGCAAUCGAUUCGCUUGGUGAACCGUAUGAUUACGGAAGCAUAAUGCACUACUCGGCUAAUACGUUUUCUAAAAAUGGAUACUUGCCGACAAUCGAGACUUCGGACCGUCUGACAGGGAAACCGAGAAAUAUUGGACAGCGUCAGGGCUUAAGUGAAGGAGAUAUUCGUCAGACGAAGAAACUCUACGGGUGCAAGUUAUGCGGUCGCAGUCUGUUGGAAUCUGAAGGUGUUUUCACAUCGCCAAGGUAUCCCGAAGCAUACGAUGAUCAUCUCGACUGUGAGUGGAGGAUUUCGGUCACCUCGGGUGAAAAAAUUGGUCUAAAUAUUUCGGAUUUUGACCUGAGAGCGGACAGUUCUUGCGAGUAUGAGUACCUUGAAAUUAGAGAUGGUCAUUAUCAUAACUCGAGGCUGCUCGGAAGGUACUGUGACAAACGACCUUUUCCAGACUAUUUUCUGAAGAGCUCAGGUGAUCGUCUCUGGAUCAAAUUCAAGACAUCUCACCACAUAAUCGAGGCUCCCUAUCGCAAACGGCGUGGCUUCAAAGCGGGUUACUACUCAAUCUGCGGAGGUACAAUCGUCGCUUCAAACGGCACCAUUCAAUCUCCGAACUUCCCCGACAACUACAAGAACAGCAAAGAGUGCAAAUGGCGAAUAGUCAGCGACUACGACAAGCGAAUUGGACUGAGGUUCAUCAGUUUCGACAUCGAGUACCAAGAUGACUGCAAGUAUGACUUCUUGGACAUACAUGGUGUGGCAGGAGCAACGAACAGUCUCCAGUUUUGCGGGCAGGAAUUGCCGGCGCCUGUGAGGUCGCAAGGAAGGGAACUAGAAAUCAUUUUCAAGUCGGAUAGCUCCAUUAACAAAGGUGGCUUCUCACUCGAGUUUUUCCCCGAAGUAAACGAGUGUAUGGAAAACAAUGGAGGAUGCAUGCACACAUGCGUUGACACGGUCGGUAGCUACCAGUGCGAGUGCAACAUCGGAUUCCAACUCGGACCCGACGGGAAAACAUGCGAGUCGGCUUGUGGCGGCUACAUUCUCGUUAACGAGAAGUGUGGCGACGAAACGAACCCGCUUGGUGCUCCGGGCGAGAAGUGUAUUCCAAGUGGAACUAUCAGCUCGCCUGGAUUCCCAAACAUGUAUCCAAAUAAUAAGCACUGCAUAUGGAACUUGAUGGCGCCUGCUCAUUACAAAAUUACAAUCGAGUUUGAGGAGUUUCAACUGGAGGGAACUACUCAGUGCAAGUAUGACUACAUGAUGGUAAAGAGUAGUCUCACCGACAGCAGUCCCCCCGACGGCAGUUUCUGUGGGGACGAGAAGCCCAGUGCAUACACCUCAGAGUCUCACAGUUUGCAACUCAUCUUCCAUACUGACGACUCCAUCGAGAAAAAGGGAUUUCAGUUGACAUAUUUUGUUGACUACGAUGAGUGCAGUGUUCAAAAUGGAGGCUGUCAACAUACAUGCCGAAAUACAAAAGGAGGAUUUAUAUGUUCCUGCAACGAAGGCUUUAUUCUCCAUGAAGACAAAAAAUCUUGUAAGGAAUCCGAAUGUCAUUUCAACCUGACUGAAAAACCAGGCAUUAUACAAACUCCGGGCUAUCCAGAAGAAUAUCCGAAGCAAAAACAAUGUAUUUGGAGGAUCACAACAGCGCCAGGUCACCGAGUUUCAUUGCGGUUUAUCGAUUUCUCCUUGGAAACGAAGGAAGACUGCUCGUUCGACUAUGUGUUGUUAACUGAUGGGCCCGACAACGAAAACGGCCCUGUGCUCGGGAAGUUCUGCGGUGAAAUGAACACCAGGUUGGAGAGUCCCAAAAUAUCAUACAGCAACAUAAUGACAGUGCAGUUUUGGUCCGAUCAAACAGUGGCGACUAGAGGAUUUAAGGCCGAGUAUUUUAUCCUCUGUGGUGGGCGUCUUGUGGCUACUGAAACUCCUCAGCGCUUAGUUUCACAUGCCUCCUACGGCGAUACAAACUACCAUAGUGGGGAGAAUUGCGAAUGGACGAUAGUCGCUCCUGCAGAUUACUACGUUGAGUUCCAAUUCGAACACGUUGAAAUCGAAUGGGAGGAGCAAUGCAAGUAUGACAUGGUCGUCGUAUAUGAAGGUGAACUUAUGGAACCCUCGAGUCAUAAAGCGACCGUCUGUGGCGACAAAGGCCCAGAUGCGCCUAUUAUCAGCAGCCGCAACUCUCUGCUUGUAGUAUUUAAUACGGAUGAUACCUUGAACAAAAAAGGCUUCUCAGCAUCUUUCAGAGCUCGCUCGAGACUGGGAGGAAUCGACUUUCCCAUUUAUAAUUCGCCUCUGGAAACGCUGGACGAGAAGGAAACGGGAGGCGGUUCUAUGUAUCUAGAAAUAGCAGACGCAUAGCGCUUGGCCCGAAUUGAUAUUUAUUAGAAGAACCGGCUAUUAAAUUAUGAUUUAAAUUUAGUUCUGCCCUGCGAAGAUCAAUUACGUUGAAGACAAAAAUUAAAAGGAUGCCAACUUUAUUUUUUUAUGGUUUUGACCCGUGCUGGAUUAAUUUAUGGCCGCAUUAUUUGAGGCACGAAAAAGUUUGAUUAUCACGGACUCUCUGGACUUGAUGAACGCACCGUUUUGAUGUAAUUCAAAUAGAUAUUUUAGACACUUUUGCAAUUGCUAAAUUGUUAAUUCAAAUUUACAGCUUUU